UUUUUAGCCUCACAACUUCAAGCGCAUAAAGACCACUCUCUCGGUGUCUCGCUGUGACGCUUGUCAAGCUCUAAUCCUUGCAACUGGUAUCACUCGUGGGCUGGUUCGGUGUGUGGACUGCAAUUUCUGCUGUCACGAGAAGUGUGCUCCCAUAGUGCGAAAGGACUGUCGAGGUCGACCACCGUCUAUGAACGGCUCUGUACGUCAUCGUAACCACACUGGAGUUACCAACACAAAUCUUCCUGGCACUGGAUCUAUCCGACCGUGGAAUAGACCUCGAGCGAGGACAGAGGAUCGUAAUCUACACGAGUCAUCGACUGAACCUGAAUCACUGGCUGUUCCUACACCAUACCGGUUCAAGGCAAAUGGAUUAAGUUCCUCUGGUGCAUCUUCAUUGUACGACGUGACGGGAGCUUCGAACGGCAAAAAGAACGGUGGUGAUUUCUCGUCCCAUAGUAUUGCGUCUUCAGCUACUAACUCACCUCAAGUUACACGAGGUACAAUUAACGCGAUAUCUGCUACUCAGGGUGGUUCUAUUGCUUUCUGCGGUGAGCUCUACAAACUGAGCAGCCGAAAAGUCCUGGCCAGUUGGAAAUCGCGCUUCUUUGUCCUUGACACUGAACAUCACCAAAUGCGGUACUAUGAUACCCCUCAGGAUGAGGUUCCUCGUGGAUGUAUUGAUUUGCAGGAUGUGCGUGCUGUGAGACUCCUAAAGAAUACUACUUCUGUGCCAAGGAGAUUUCAGGAUAGCUGCACUUUCGAAAUUGAUACAACAGCGCGCCAGUUCAGAUUCGCAGCCGAUAAUGCGAAAGCAGCCAGCGCAUGGGUGGAGCGACUUCAGAGUACCAUAAUAUAA